UUUGUAGCUUGUAAAUCGCGGGAUGUAGGUAUUUAUUUCGUCAAUAUUUAUAGCGCUUAAAGAGUCUCGAGAAUAGCUCGUCGUUAAAUAAUUAAGUUCUAUAGACAUACAAUUGGUACAGUUGAACUUGACAAAUCGAUACACUGCAUUUUAACGUCAUUGAUAUGUCGUUUGAAAAUAAAUGCCGUAUAUAACAUUUCGUACAACAAAUUUUUACGCGAGGAUGGCGCCAUAUCUGGCUAUAGAUAAUUUGAGAUUUAUCCAUUUGACUUGGAAAGACACUGUAUCAGAUAAGGGGAGACACAAUUAUGUUUGGAUUGUGAUUGGCCACGACCGAAUAGGUAGUUUUCCGUGUCUGAUGAAUAAUAAUUGUUAGUCAUAUUUCAGCUCAGCACGGUGAACCAUGUUGGUAUAUAAAGACGGGAAGAAACGGUAUAUGUAUUAAAUACCGUACACAAUUGCGUAUAGAACAAUCGUAUCGCCGAUCGCAGUGAGAUACCAGAUUGCAUCAGAAGAUUAUAACGGGGUAUUUCCUGCAGAAUGUAAAGCGCGUAAGUAUUUUUUUUUUUUUUUUUUUCUUUUUUAAACUUUUAAAGGACGUUUGUAAGCAGAGCUAUGAAAAUUAACUUCAUUUUUAUAAUUAGUUUAUAAAUUGAAAUAUAGACGUGUCUAAUUGUUACACGCGUGUCCCUUACCACGUACAUGCUCCUUCGUUUCAUCAUUUUAUAUGCCAUUUAAUUAUACAUUAAUAUUCAUAUAGUAUAAUUUAGUUUAUUUAGUAUAUUUUUAAUAUAUUUAUUAUAUUAUUAUAUUAUAUUAUUUAUUAUAUUAUUUAGUAUAUUUUAAUAUAUUUAAUAUUAUAUUUAAUAUAUUAAUAUUUUAGUAUACCAUAA